UCUCCUCCCACUCAGCCAGACCCAUAAAAACAUUUCACUUCACUUCCAACAAAAAUCUUCCUCUAAAAGCAGCAGAGAUGGCGCUCACUGUCCCCGGCACUCAAGGCUCAACUUACCCGGACAUCGUGGAGCUGAACGUGGGCGGCCAGGUGUACGUGACCCGGCUGGACACCCUCACCGCGGUGCCAGACUCUCUCCUGUGGGCGAAGUUCAGCCAAAGUUCCCCGGAAGAUUUGCCCAAAGACAGCAAGGGCCGCUUCUUCUUCGACCGCGACGGCUUUCUGUUCCGAUACAUUCUGGACUACUUGCGGGACUCUGAGCUCUUUUUGCCGGAGUUCUUCAAGGAGAGGCGGCGGCUCCAGAAGGAGGCGGACUUCUUCCGACUGCCGGAGCUGUCCAAGCGCCUCGGCGAGGAGGACAGCUCCCUCGCGGAGGACAGCACGGAGCCGGAGGACGCGGAGCUCCCCAGCCCGGCCACGACCCCUUCCUCCUCGGACAGAACGCCGCACUCGCCCGGGUCCACUUCCGGGUACAUCACCGUGGGCUACCGGGGCAGCUACACCGUCGGCAGAGACAUCCAAGCGGACGCCAAAUUCCGCCGGGUGGCCCGAAUCACCGUGUGCGGCAAGAUCUCCCUCACCAAGGAAGUCUUCGGGGACACUUUGAACGAGAGCCGAGACCCGGACCGACCCCCGGACAAGUACACGUCCAGGUACUACCUCAAGUACAACUUCCUGGAGCAGGCGUUCGACCGGCUGGCCCAAGCUGGCUUUCACAUGGCGGCGUGUAGCUCCACCGGGACUUGUGCCAACAGCGACCCCGGGGAGGACAAGAUGUGGACCAGCUACACCGAGUAUGUUUUCAGCCGGUAACUGCUCAAAAUGGUAACUUCAGGUUUAGACCCCGAUAGUAACUGAUGUUUAGACACAAAAUGCUAACUUAAUGGUUAGACCCAACAUGGAAGCUUAUAAUGUGUAUAAUGUUAGUGGUAACUCCUCGUUUUUGGACCCAAAAUUGUACCUUUUUUGGACCCAAAUGGUAACUUCAUGGUAAUUUACCAUGUUUUGAACCAAAAUAGUGAACUUUAUGGUUAGACCCAAAAUGGUAACUUACCAUGUUUUGACCCAAAAUGGUAACUUCAUGGUCACACCCGAAAUGGUCACUUACCAUGUUUUGACCAAAAAUGGUAGCUUACUUACACCCGAAAUGGUAACUUACCAUGUUUUGUCCCAAAAUGGUAAUUUACCAUGUUUUGACCCAAAAUGGUAACUUGAUGGGUACACCCGACAUGGUAACUUACUUACACCCGAAAUUGUAACUCACCAUGUUUUGACCCAAAAGGGUAAUUUCAUGGUCACACCUGAAAUGGUGACUUACCACGUUUUGACCCAAAAUAGUGAACUUCAUGGUUCGACCCAAAAUGGUAACUUACCAUGUUUUGACCCAAAAGUGGGAACUUCAUGGUUACACCCGAAAUGGGAACUUACCAUGUUUUGACCCAAAAUGGUAACUUCAUGGUUACACCCGGUAACAUGGUAACUUACUUACACCCGAAAUGGUAACUUACCAUGUUUUGACCCAAAAUGGUAACUUCAUGGUUACACCCGGUAACAUGGUAACUUACUUACACCCGAAAUGGUGACCUACCAUGUUUUGACCCAAAAUAGUGAACUUCAUGGUUCGACCCAAAAUGGUAACUUACCAUGUUUUGACCCAAAAAUGGGAACUUCAUGGCUACACCCGAAAUGGGAACUUACCAUGUUUUGAACCAAAAUGCUGAACUUCAUGGUUAGACCCAAAAUGGUAAUUUACCAUGUUUUGACCCAAAAUGGGAACUUCAUGGUUACACCCGACAUGGUAACUUACUUACACUCGAAAUGGUAACUUACCAUGUUUUGAAACAAAAUGGUGAACUUCAUGUUUGGACUCAAAAUGGUAAUUUACCAUGUUUUGAACCAAAAUGGUGAACUUCAUUGUUAGACCCAAAAUGGUAACUUUCCAUGUUUUGACCCAAAAUGGUAACUUCAUGGUUAUACCCAAAAUGGUAACUUACCAUGUUUUGACCCAAAAUGGUAACUUCAUGGUUACACCCAAAAUGGUAACAUACCAUGUUUUGACCUAAAAGGGUAACUUCUUGGUUAGACCCAAAAUGGUAACUUACCAUGUUUUGACCCAAAAUGGUAACUUCAUGGUAACUUACUUACACUCGAAAUGGUAACUUACCAUGUUUUAAACCAAAAUGGUGAACUUCAUGGUUAGACCCAAAAUGGUAACAUACCAUGUUUUGACCUAAAAGGGUAACUUCUUGGUUAGACCCAAAAUGGUAACUUACCAUGUUUUGACCCAAAAUGGUAACUUCAUGGUUACACCCGAAAUGGUAAUUUACCAUGUUUUGAACCAAAAUAGUGAACUUCACGAUUAGACCCAAAAUGGUAACUUACCAUGUUUUGACCUAAAAUGGUAACUUCAUGGUUAUACCCGAAAUGGUAACUUGUGUUUUGAACCAAAAUGGUGAACUAACUUCAUGGUUGGACCCAAAAUGUUAAUUUACCAUGUUUUGAACCAAAAUGGUGAACUUCAUGGUUAGACACAAAAUGGUAACUAACCAUGUUUUGACCUAAAAUGGUAACUUCAUGGUUACACCCGAAAUGGUAAUUUACCAGGUUUUGAACAAAAAUAGUGAACUUCAUGAUUAGACCUAAAAUGUUAGCUUACCAUGUUUUGACCCAAAAGGGUAACUUCAUGGUUAUACCCGAUAACCAUACCACGAAAACUUUUUUGGGGGGGUUAUAAGUAUAGUGGCUGUAGGUUAGUUUUUGCCUCAUCCCUCACUACCGACCUGAUAAGUCUAAAAGAGAUGAUACAGUAUUAUCUCAUGCCAGAUGCAGCUAGUCCUGUAUAGUCCCACUCCUUAAUGCUUCGGUCACACGCAGGAUUCUCACAGGAGUGAGGCAAAAAUACUACCUUUGCCAACUGUAUGGCAUGUUAUUAUAUGGGUCAGUGUGUUUGUUUCGGUUGUUGAAGUUUCUUUUAAUGAAUAGACAUUGAGAAAAACAAUUGGUUAAAUUGAAUUUUAUUUUGAAAAAUGUUUUAAAAAUAUUUAAAACAAGGCAUUUUCUGUUCCUGUUUACAGCGCUAAGCCUUCUGGGUAAUGUAGAUGAUAAACAUUUAACAACACACUGACUCACUUUACAUGUAUUUAUAUAUUUAACAUUUAUUUAUCCAAUUAGGGAACAUAUUUACAUUUGCAACGCUGACCUAGCAGAGAACUUGUUAGAGAUGUUGAAGUGUGAUGAAAGUCUCUCACUUACCAACAAAAAUAACGCCAUUGAUAGCCUUUAAAAAACUUAAAUUAUUGUUUAAAUGGACAAACACUUUUCAAGCGUAAAAGAUACACGGAGAAUGUCUGCAACUUGUGAAUAAAACCCAUAUCACAGUCAGGCUUUAUUUGUAAUUAUAAAAAUGUUUUGUUAUUAUUUUGCACUAAAGAUUAAUAAUUUGUGUAUUACACCAAAAAUGCUUCCAAAUAAAUAUAGGGUUGGGUCAAAUAGAAUAAAAAUCUGGGCAUUCUGGGAAUCCAGUCUGGACAAAAAUGUCCUGGGCCAAUUUUUUGUCCCAUAGGAAACAAUAACAGUUGUAGCUUGUGUUUAUUAUUACAAAAACAAAACAUUAAAUUAAGAUAAUCUGAUAUCAUAAUAAAAAUAAUUACUUCAAUUAUAAAUAUUUUUUUUCUGCUGACUAAUGAUUUACAUUUGUUUUAAGAAGUAUGUAAUGAAAGUAAAACAGUUAUUUAGAUCUAAUUACUGCUCUUUCGACACUGGAACAAGAAGAACGCUUGUUUGUCAAUUUUGCAUUUCAAAAUAAAAGUCCCGAUAAAUUGUUUUUGUUUUUUUCAUCCAAAUUCAUAAACAAACAAAUAGUGAGCAAACGCUGACUCUUAUAGUUCACUUUGUUUUCUGGGCUGUCCAUAUUUUGGGGCAUUUUAUUUUGUAAGAAGGCUAAAAAAAAAAGGUAUGUACUAUAACUAUAAAUAUUAGCUUAGAUAUGAUCUAGUUAUUAGCAUCAUUUUUUUUCUUUACAGUGUACCUUUUUACUCUUUUUUUUUUUUUCAAUUUUUUGUGUGUUUAAUUUUACUUGUACAAUGUGUCGCCGACACUUUGGUUCUGGUUUCUUUGUUUCGGACAUGUUUAUUAACACGUUGCAUAAUUCAAUUGAAAAGAAGUAGGAAGAAGCAGAGCUUACUCAGUCCUUUACCCUAACACCAAAUGUUUAACAUGUUUGACUUUUCCAAUGUUGUGUGUGUAAAUAUUUUGUCAAUAAAACGGUUGUUUCCUU